AUGUUUAGACUAAAGUUUCGAAACAAUUCAAUAACUAAAAUAUUCAAAAGAUAUUAUAAUAGCGAAAAGAGGACAAAUCCUCAAGAUUCUAUAAGAAACAUUGGAAUUUUAGCUCAUAUCGAUGCCGGUAAAACAACGACAACUGAACGUAUGUUAUUCUAUUCGGGUAAAACAAGAAACCUGGGUGAAGUGCAUCAUGGAACAACAGUUACAGAUUAUUUAGAUCAAGAGAGAGAACGCGGCAUAACAAUUUGUAGUUCUGCUGUUACCUUCAUGUGGAAAGAUCACAGAAUUAAUCUAUUAGACACACCUGGUCACAUUGAUUUUACAAUGGAAGUUGAACAAUCUUUAGGUGCUGUCGAUGGCUGUGUAGUAAUUUUAGACUCAUCUGCUGGUGUUGAAGCUCAAACUGUUACAGUUUGGAAUCAAUCUGAUCGCUAUGAACUCCCGAAAAUUAUUUUUGCGAAUAAGAUGGACCGAGCCGAUGCAGAUUUUGAAGGAUGUGUUGAAGAUGUUCGAAGAAAACUUCAUGAAUGUCCAAUACCAUUACAAUUUCCAUUUAAAAGUGAUGGAAAAUUAAAAGGCAUCAUUGAUCUCUUGACUAUGAAAAAAGUGACUUGGGAUGUCAAAAAUCAAGGUCAAAGUUAUAAAGUUGAAGAUAUCAGAGACAACAAAGAAAUGAAGGAGAAACGUUUGGAAAUUGUUGACAAACUUUCUGGAAUCGACGAUCAGCUGGCUGAAAAGAUUAUUGUUGAAAACAGCCUCGAAACUAUAAGUCUCGAUGUUUUACUGAAUAGUCUUCGAAGACAGACAAUAAGAAGAAAGAUUGUGCCCAUGUUUCUUGGUUCAGCCUACAAAAAUACCGGCGUUCAACUUCUCAUGGACAACAUCAUAAAUUUCCUUCCAGCACCAAAUGAUAGGAACCAGGUUUAUGAUUGUUUUGAUGACAAUUUCGUUGGAACUGUUUUUAAAGUUACUCAUGAUAAACAACGUGGAGCGUUGAGCUUGGUUAGGAUAUUCAGAGGAGAAAUAAAAAAAGGUGCUCGUAUCACGACAUCUAAUGGAAAAGGUGAAAACAUUCAAAAAAUUUAUGAACCUCUUGCUGACGAAUAUAAAGAAAUUGAUUCGAUUGGAGCUGGAAAUGUCUGUGCAUUUGCUGGUUUAAAAUCAACAAAAACUGGCGAUGUUCUUGUGUCGAGUGCUUCUUCAUUAAAAAAUGCACAAUCAAAGCUUGAAAAAAAUUCUGCUAGCGAACACAGUACUUUUAGUUUAGAGCCCAAUAUUCCAGAUGCUGUUUACUUUUGUUCAAUAGAACCACCAAGUGUGGCAUAUCAAACAGCACUUGAUAACGCAUUGGAACAAAUUCAAAGAGAAGAUCCAAGUUUAAGAGUGAAAUAUGACGAGACAACUCUGCAAACAGUAUUGGGUGGAAUGGGAGAACUUCAUCUUGAAAUAAUCAAAUCUCGUCUUCUCACUGAAUACAAAAUCGACGCUGAUCUUGGUCCUCUACAAAUAGCUUACAAAGAGACAAUCGAGGAUGAAAUAACAAAUUCAAUUCGAUGUGAAAAAGAAAUCGCCGGUAACAAGCAACUUGUGGAAAUUGGAAUGACACUCGACGUUAAGCAGCCCGAUGAGAAAGAAAUCUUUCGAUUAGAUAAUUCACCAGAAGCUUCUGAAAUUUUAACACCAAUUCGACCAAAAUAUAUUCAACUAGUGAAAAAAGCAGCAAUCAGUGCAUUGGAUCGUGGACCAAAGAUUGGUGGUGAAGUGAUCAAUGUUAAGAUUAAAUUAAAUAAUUUAGUAAUUGGUCGUGGAACUGCUGAUGCUUUUAUUAUGUCAGCAGCAACGCAAUGUGUUCAAAAAAUUCUUCUGCAAGGAAAUAGUCGAUUAUUGGAGCCAAUGAUGUCAAUUCAAAUUAUUGUUCCAUCUGAGAAAGUUUCACCAGUGUUAGCUGACUUAGGACGGCGAAGAGCUCAAAUUUUAAAUGUUUCAAUCCGUGGUGAAAAUAAUCGCGUCAUUGAUAUCAUUGCACCACUUGCUGAACUUACUGGAUAUUCAAGCAUUGUUCGAACAAUUACAUCAGGAACCGCAAGCAUGUCAAUGCAACCUCACGGUUACAAUUUACUUUCAAUUUCAGAACAAGAAUCCGCUAUAAGACGAGCUCAAGGAUUAGAAUAAAAAAUUUAUUUAAAAUUA